AGCGUUUUUUUCCGCGAGAAGCCUCGAGGGCAUGGUGUCAUGGCUCCCAAGGGCGUGGGCAAGGGCCCGCCGCCCCCGGCGCACUCCAAGGCUUCGGCGGUAAAAUUCGCGCCCCGGCCGCGGCGCGUGGAGCUCGAGCCGUGCGCGCCGUUGCGCCCGAGCAGCCCUCGGCUCUCCGUGCGCCCCCUGGAAGUGCCGGAGGCGGUGGCGGUGGAUGCUGGCGAGCUGAGGAAGGUCUUGGUGGUUGCAGAUAGGCCCAGAUCCGCUGACGACUGGGGUAGAUUUCUGAAUGAGACUUUGAAGACCUCGGAAGCGAGGCUGGUGGUCCUGGCUGAAGGUGCUAUAAUUGAACCCGGCGUUUGUGACGAUAGGCAUCCUGCCAUUGUUCGGAUGACGGAGGUGGCCAGAAUGAACCAUGUGGUGAUUGCUGCGGGGUCAAUGGUGGAAGUGGACCCGGAAUCUCCUGAUCAUUCUUGGCAGACUUGUCCAAUAAUUGGAAAGGAUGGGCUCAUAGGGUCGUACAGAAAGCGCAUGCGUGGGGCGAUUGAUGCCAAGAAAGCACAGGAGCAAGAGGGGCCAGAAAUAUUCUCAACUCCGAUCGGUCGCCUUGGUGUUCUGAUAUGUCUUGACGUGGAGGAAGACGGGCUUCUUUUCAAGACAGCCCAGGGCUGCGACAUCGUGAUCAAUCCGGCUCACAUCCCCUACGUGGGUCACGGUCAGUGGUCACACGCCAUGGUGCCGGUACAGAGGCGCCUGCAGUGGUGGGCUUUGGCAUGUGGGGUGUGCGUUGUGCGCUGCGAUCUGCGGCCCCCGAAUGGCAUGGGCACCUCCAUGGUGGUCACCCCCUGCGAGACCUUUGUGGCCUCCAAGGCUUCAGCCCUGCUCUUGCCGGCGGUGGUGCCGAUAGCUCAGAGCCUCAAACUUCGCAGGCUGCAGUCCUGGUUCGCCUCGCGCCUGCGCACGGAGCAGUUGGACAACACGGGCGCGCGUGUCACCUGCCACCUGGAGGAUGGCGGAGAAGCUGAGUGGCGAGAGUUGCCCUGUGACGGCUUUGGGCUGACGCUGAGGAGUUGUGUUGAAGGGCUGGCACUGAGCAGCGGACGCCAAGUUCUUCAUGUCGCUUUGCUGCCGCAUCCUGCAAGUGCCGUGCACUUGCGGGAUCUGGACUUCCGGGUUCGAGAUGUUAAGGGAUACGUCUGGCUGCUGAGAGCCCAGCACAAUAACGUGGAUGUCUCAUUUCAAGACAUCCUUGGGCCUGAGCCGAAUGCUCAGGCCCGGAGUUUUUUGCCCGAUGGCGCCCAGCUGAGUCUUUGACUGGCUCUCGAAGCAAGCUGUGGCAACCGCCUUGAGGACUCGUCACGGGUCAGAGCCCUAG